UUGACCUCGUAUAUAACCGGCCAUUGCUUCGUUUCCCUCAAUUUGAUUGCAGUCGUUGCUGUAGUAUACACGUAAUUUAAGUAUUUAUAGAAGUAUUGUCUGCAACUAUUUAAUUUAAGAUGGCUAAAGCUCCAGCUGUUGGUAUUGAUUUGGGUACAACCUACUCGUGCGUGGGUGUAUUCCAACAUGGUAAAGUAGAAAUUAUCGCCAACGAUCAAGGUAACAGGACCACGCCGUCCUAUGUGGCUUUUACCGAUACCGAGCGUCUUAUCGGAGACGCCGCCAAAAACCAAGUAGCUAUGAACCCCAAUAACACAAUUUUUGAUGCCAAACGUCUUAUUGGGCGUCGAUUCGACGACAGCGCCGUACAAUCAGACAUGAAGCACUGGCCAUUCGAAGUACUCAACGACGGCGGCAAGCCCAAAAUUAAAGUUGCUUACAAAGGCGAAGACAAAUCUUUCUAUCCCGAAGAAGUCAGUUCCAUGGUGUUGACGAAAAUGAAGGAAACCGCCGAAGCUUACCUUGGAAAGGGCGUCACCAACGCUGUUAUCACAGUACCUGCAUACUUUAACGAUUCUCAACGUCAGGCCACCAAAGACGCCGGUACCAUUGCCGGUUUACAGGUUUUGCGUAUCAUCAACGAACCCACUGCCGCUGCUAUCGCUUACGGUUUAGACAAAAAGGGCCAGGGCGAAAGGAACGUCCUUAUCUUCGAUUUGGGUGGUGGUACCUUUGAUGUGUCCAUCCUCACCAUCGAAGACGGUAUUUUCGAAGUAAAAUCUACCGCCGGAGACACUCACUUGGGAGGUGAGGACUUCGACAACAGAAUGGUCAACCAUUUCGUUCAAGAAUUCAAGCGCAAAUACAAGAAAGAUCUUACGUCCAACAAGCGCGCCCUGCGUCGUUUGAGGACCAGCUGUGAAAGGGCGAAACGUACUCUGUCGUCUUCGACCCAAGCUAGCAUCGAAAUCGAUUCUCUGUUCGAGGGUAUCGAUUUCUACACGUCCAUUACCAGGGCUAGAUUCGAGGAAUUGAACGCCGAUCUCUUCAGAUCUACAAUGGAACCUGUAGAAAAGGCCAUCAGAGAUGCUAAGAUGGACAAGGCUCAAGUUCACGAUAUUGUGUUGGUUGGAGGUUCCACCCGUAUUCCGAAGGUACAAAAACUCUUGCAAGACUUCUUCAAUGGCAAGGAACUGAACAAAUCGAUCAACCCCGACGAAGCCGUAGCUUACGGUGCUGCCGUACAGGCCGCCAUCUUGCACGGAGACAAGUCCGAGGAAGUUCAAGAUCUGUUGUUGCUCGACGUUACUCCCCUAUCUUUGGGUAUCGAAACCGCUGGAGGUGUCAUGACUGCUCUUAUUAAAAGAAACACCACUAUUCCCACGAAGCAAACUCAAACAUUCACCACGUACUCCGACAACCAACCCGGUGUGCUCAUUCAGGUAUACGAAGGUGAGCGUGCAAUGACCAAAGACAACAAUCUCUUAGGAAAAUUCGAACUUACCGGUAUCCCGCCGGCGCCGAGAGGUGUUCCUCAAAUCGAAGUCACCUUCGAUAUCGAUGCUAACGGUAUUUUGAACGUGACUGCUAUUGAAAAAUCCACCAACAAGGAGAACAAAAUCACCAUUACCAACGACAAAGGUCGCCUUAGCAAAGAAGACAUCGAAAGGAUGGUUAACGAUGCCGAGAAAUACAGGAACGAGGAUGAGAAACAGAAACUGACCAUUGCGGCUAAAAAUCAUUUGGAAAGUUACUGCUUCAAUGUAAAGAGCACCAUGGAAGACGACAAAAUCAAGGACAAGAUCAGCGACACCGAUAAGACUACCGUUAUGGAGAAAUGCAAUGAGGUUAUUGCUUGGUUGGAUGCCAAUCAAUUGGCCGAAAAAGAAGAAUACGAACACAAACAAAAGGAAUUGGAGAACAUCUGUAAUCCAAUCAUCACUAAGCUUUACCAAGGAGCCGGUGGUGCUGCUGGAGGCAUGCCUGGUUUCCCGGGAGCCGGUGCCGCGCCUGGUGCUGGAGGUGCCGCUGGUGGCGGUGCUGGACCGACCAUUGAAGAAGUUGAUUAAAUUAUUUGAAUAUGUUUCAUUCCAAAUGUUUUUUUGUUUUGUUUUUGCCAGUAUUACUUGCAGACAUAGCUUUUCAAAUUUACUUUUUUUACCUAUAAUUUAAUUUUACAGUCCUUUGGAAACACGUUAAAAUUACUGCAGUAAUGUUCUUAUGAAUAAAGUCAAAUUCAUU